GCGGCCCGGCGGUGCCGGCUGCGCAGGCCGGGCUGGACGGGCGCCUGGCCCUUUAAGGGCCGCCCCCGAGGAGGUGCCAGGCCGGGUGGCUCUGGUCUCUCCUUCCUGGUCCUGCUGGGCAGGGACUGUCCGUGUGGCCGUGGGCGGGCUCCGUGCCCGGUGCCGGCCCAGUGCCCCCGCCUGACCCCAUGGCGCUGGUCACAGUGAGCCGCUCGCCCCCGGCCAGCGGCCACUCCACGCCGGUGGGGCCCUCGGACCAGGCCUCCAGGCGGCGGAGCCGGCUCCAGCGAAGGCAGAGCUUUGCAGUGCUCCAUGGGGCCGUCCUGGGACUGCAGGACGGAGGGGACGGUGGAGAUGCAGCUGAGCCCGGCCCUCGGCCGGCGGAGGAAGCCUCGGGCGAAGAGCAGCUCCACGGGGACCAGACGGAUGAUGGGCAUGGGCCCCAGAGUCCCCAGAAGCAGGAGCAGAGUCAGCACCUCCUCCUCAUGGUGGAGCUGCUGAGGCCGCAGGACGACAUUCGCCUGGCAGCCCAGCUGGAGGCAGCGCGACCCCCUCGGCUCCGCUACCUGCUGGUAGUUUCCACAAGAGACCCCGCGAGCCAGGAUGAGACAGUCCUCCUGGGAGUGGACUUCCCCGAGAGCAGCUCCUACAGCUGCACCCUGGGCCUGGUCCUGCCUCUCUGGAGUGACACCCAGGUGUACCUAGAUGGAGAUGGGGGCUUCAGUGUGACGUCCGGUGGGCAGAGUCGAAUCUUCAAGCCGAUCUCCAUCCAGACCAUGUGGGCCACACUCCAGGUAUUGCACCAGGCAUGUGAGGCGGCUCUGGGCAGUGGUCUUGUGCCAGGGGGAAGUGCCCUCACCUGGGCCAGCCACUACCAGGACAGACUGAGCUCGGACCAGAGCUGCCUCAACGAGUGGAUGGCCAUGGCGGACCUGGAGUCUCUGCGGCCUCCCAGUGCGGAGCCUGGCCGGCCCUUGGAACAGGAGCAGAUGGAGCAGGCAAUCCGGGCCGAGCUAUGGAAGGUGUUGGACACCAGUGACCUGGACAGCAUCACCUCCAAAGAGAUCCGCCAGGCCCUGGAGCUGCGCCUGGGCCACCCGCUGCAGCAGCACCGCGACUUCAUCGAUAACCAGAUGCUGCUGCUCAUGGCGCAGCGGGACCGGGCCUCCCGCAUCUUCCCCCACCUCUACCUGGGCUCCGAGUGGAAUGCAGCGAACCUGGAAGAGCUGCAGAGAAACAGGGUCAGUCACAUCCUGAACAUGGCCCGGGAGAUCGACAACUUCUACCCCGAGCGCUUCACCUACCACAAUGUGCGCCUCUGGGACGAAGAGUCCGCCCAGCUGCUGCCUCACUGGAAGGAGACACACCGCUUUGUGGAGGCCGCAAGAGCGCAGGGCACCCGAGUGCUGGUCCACUGCAAGAUGGGUGUCAGCCGCUCGGCGGCCACGGUGGUAGCUUAUGCCAUGAAGCAGUACGGCUGGAGCCUGGAGCAGGCUCUGCGCCACGUGCAGGAGCUCCGGCCCAUCGCCCGCCCCAACCCAGGCUUCCUGCGCCAGCUGCAGACCUACCAGGGCAUCCUGACUGCCAGCCGGCAGAGCCAUGUCUGGGAGCAGAAAGUGGGUGGGGUCUCCCCAGAGGAGUCCCUGGCCCCUGAGGUCUCUACACCCUUCCCACUGUUCCCGCCAGAACCAGGGGGCAGUGGGGAGGCGAUGGCCAUGGGGUUGGAGGAAAGCCAGGCAUCGCCAAGAGAAGAGCCUGGACCAAGGCCCCGCAUCAACCUCCGCGGGGUCAUGAGGUCCAUCAGCCUCCUGGAGCCCCCCUCAGAGCUGGAAAGCGCCUCAGGGGCUGAUGACCUGCCAGAGGUUUUCUCUUCAUGUGAAUCCUCAGAUGAAGACCCUCCACAGCCCUUUCUUCAGGUCUCAAAGGCCAAGGGAGGCAGGCGGGUCUGCAAGGGGCCUUGGCCUGCCCUGAAGUCCCGCCAGUCUGUGGUUGCUCUCAACAGCGCCGCCCUAGUGGCCACCCGGACCCGGGCCUUCCAGGAGCAGGAGCAAAAGCAGGAGCAGGAGCAGAGGGAGGCUGGCUAUUCCUCCACUCCCAGGCUCAGGAAGGUGGUGAGGCAGGCCAGCGUGGAUGGCAGUGGGGAGGAGGGCGAGGCCUGAGCCCUCACACAUGCCUGUGCCCCUUAGACACUAAUAGAGGUGCCUGCAUACAGCUCCUGGGAUGAGCACUCCUCACUCCCGUCAGCUUGUCUGCGCUCCUCUCAGCUCCUCCCCAGGAGGUUCCAGGCCCCCUUCACUACAGCCUCAGCUUCUACAGCCUUAAAUCUCAGACCCAUGUCCACCUGUCCAAGGGCUCAAGACUUUCUCUGCAAUUGGGGAUACAGGAGAGAGAAUGACGGUGCUUUGGGGGGCAUUGUCAACCGCUGCCCGAAACACUUGCAGCCAUGGGAUAAAACAGUUCCCCAGUGCUCCCUCAUGCUCCCUCCCUCACCCACUCCUGUCUGCCUCGUCUCUGCCCCCUUCUUUCCUGGGGCCCUCUAGGCCGGAGAACCAGUGGCCUCCAAAAGUCUAGGGCAGCGGUUCUCAACCUGUGGGUCGAGACCCCUUUGGCGGUUGAACGACCCUUUCACGGGGGUCGCCUAAGACCAUCCUGCAUAUCAGAUAUUUACAUGACGAUUCAUAACAGUAGCAACAUUACCGUGAUGAAGUAGCAACGAGAAUAAUUUUAUGGUUGGGUCACAACAUGAGGAACUGUAUUUAAAGGGCCAGAAGGUUGAGAGCCGCUGGUCUAGAGUAACCUCAGUCCUCAGUCCCCAGUCCUGGGAAGCUCUGAGGAGCAGAGAGCUGGGCCCUCUGAUGGGGCUGGCAGGCUGGCCUCCCUCACUCAGCCUACAGCCCCUCCCAACCCCUCCCCCCAACACCCACCUCCCUCCCGUGGCCACUUUUUGUCCUUCACAGCCUCUGGCCAGUUUUUCAUAGUCUUGAUAGUAUCUGACUUUGUACUUAGAAAUAAAAAAAAACAUUUCAUAUUAUUUUUGAUUUUAUGAUGAA